UUGUCAAGCCUUCGCAAGCAAGUUGAUGCUAAUUCUGGUAACUCCCCUCUUGCCCCGCCUCCAUCUGGAGAUUCCGUGCCAAGUACAAGCUCACGAUCGAGAGCCAGUUCACUUAACAGCUUGGAUAGAGUCACAACAGCUUCGCGUGAUGAAGAUAGUUCACAAGCGGGACACAAUGCUGCUACUGAAACUAAUGCAAUCCAGCAAGUGAUGAUAGACAAGAUAAUUGUUUUGCAAAAGAAACUUGCUAGGAGAAAUGACAAAAUUGAAUUUUUGGAAGAACACGUUCGGCAUUGCCUAGAGGAGCUGCAGAAAAAGACAAAAAUUAUACAACAUUACGCACUUCGUGAAGAGGCGUCGUUGUUAUUGCCUUCGGACGGAUCGCUUGAGCAGGUUAUUGUCCCGUUAUCAAGAAAAGGCACUUCAUAUUCGCUCAUGGGUGCAAUAUUUUCUGCGGGAAGCGAUAAAAGAUCUUUGCAGCUUGCAGCAGAAGUGAACUCAAGGCUGCAGGCUGUACUCGAAGAUGCUUUGAUAAAGAAUAUAACUUUAAAGGGCUCCGUUGAUUCGUUAAGCAACGAAGUUUCGCGGUUGUCACGAGAAAAUCGCCAACUCACGUUAACACACAAUCGAUGCAAUGAGCAACACAUAUAG